AUGUCCAAGAACCAUGCAGAGACUUCAGCAUCCGCCAAACUCGCCACGACGCUCAAGUCGACGCUCAAACUCGACAAGCCGCGCCAUGAGCAAAUCUACAACUUGCCCAAUAUGCUUACCUUCUCCCGGUUGAUCGCCACCCCCAUGGUUGGCUACCUCAUCAUCCACAACCACCAUCUGUAUGCCUUUUCGCUCUUCGCCUACGCCGCGCUGUCCGAUCUGCUCGACGGCUGGAUCGCCCGCCGCUGGCAUCUGCAGACGGUCGUCGGCAGCGUGGUAGACCCAAUGGCCGACAAGUUCCUCAUGACGACACUGGUAACCUGUCUCGCCGUCAACGGCAGUCUCCCCCUCCCCCUCGCCACCAUCAUCCUCGGCCGCGACGCCAGCCUCGCCCUCUCCGCCCUCUACUACCGCUACGCCAGUCUUCCCGCCCCGAAAACCAUGGCGCGAUACUGGGACUUUAGCCUCCCCAGCGCACAAGUCCAUCCCACCUCCAUUUCCAAAUUCAACACGUUCCUCCAGCUCUCUUUACUCGGUACCUUGCUCUGCACAAACCUGCUGCAUGACCCCGAGGCCACCACCUCCGCGGCUGGCGGUCUGCUUGCUUCCAUCCAGAAUGCGCUUGGUGGCGAACAGGGCGUUACGACGCUUAUUCAAGCCAUGUCUGCCGUCGUGGCUUCAACUACGAUAUACAGCGGUCUCGAGUAUACCUGGUCCAAGAAGGCGGUUGUCAUUCUGGGCGGUGAUGAGGCGCUAAAGAGGAAACAGGGGUUUAGGGGCAGAAUGAUUAUGGCGGGCGGGUUUGGCUCUUUUAUUGUUGUCGCGCUGUAUUUUUGGGCUACGGCUGUGGUUAAGGAGGGGAAGGAAGAUGGGGAGGAGUAG